UCCACGGCGGUGUGUCUAAUUGGUACAGGUUUCGCUAUGAGGAAGCUCCUACAGGAGUUCCUGCGGGCGCCCUUCGUUGAGCUGCAGGGUGCGGGGACGCAGGCCGCACCCGGGGCGCACGUCGCACGCACGCCCACGCCCGCGGCCGUGACGCCAGAGGGCACGGCGCUGCUGGGCGGUCCGUGGAACCGCUCCGGGGGUCUCCGGGUAGUCUCCUCCCCCUCCUCGUCCCUUCCGGCCCGGCGAACUCGGACGUCGCGCUCCGGCUGCAGCGGGAACCAGCGCUGACUUCGGUCAGACAAGUUCAGCCAGGUUGUCUGGGCCGCUGAACUCGGCCUGAAAAAGAUCGGUCAGCUGGGUUCGGCCAGCUCUGAAAUCAGGCAGGCGAAUUUCAGACUGGGCCGAUUUCAGCCUGACCGAGUCCAAGUGGCCGAGUUCAGCCUGGCCGAGCCUGUCCCCUGUCCCACCUUUGCGCACCGCCAAUCGUCUCCCCACUCCAAUCAUAGCGAGAAGCGCCUCCUGAUUGUCGUUCGCACUCACACCCCGAUGCCGGGGAUGCUCCUGCGCAUGCACCGAUUUGCGAGCGAGGUGUCCAGCGGCAUGCCUUUCGCCCAUUUCCUUGUAUCGGCGGACGACACCGGGCUGGCGCCAGAGCACCAAGCUCAGUUGGAUUUGCCGCCAUCCAGUGUGCAUCGCUACGUGUGGGACGACGUGAAAGAGCAGUAUCGAGUGUUGAGAGUUCUGCCUGGGAAGUUCAAUCAAAAGGUCAGCGCGCGAUAUUUCCACAUGGAGCCAAUAUUAUUGGCAGUUGCUUUCGCCGAGAAGCACACAGACCUUGCUAACGAUGCACUCGUCUGGGUCUUCGAGGACGACGUCUUCAUCUGCGGCACCCUGUCGGGAUUCGUCAGCCAGUAUGCCGAAGACGCAUCUGACUUCCUGGGAUACGGGCGAUACAAAGGAAGCUGGGUGUUUUGGUAUUGGGGCUCUGGACCCUUCUUGAGGCGGUACGCGAAGGUGAACCGCACCGUCGAGUUGGAGCACGUGCAGAGGUUCUCCAUGCGUUUCGUGCGGCACAUGGCCAGCCUGUGCAGGGAGCAGAACUUCACCGCGGAGAGCGAGAUGUUUGCCCCGACGGUGUGCCAGAGCGAGGGAUUCCGCUGCAGCUCCUUUGACCGGCGGCACCUCGGAGUGUACAUGUGGAACACACGCUUGAACCAGACGGCCGCGGGCGCGUCGUGCGCCCGCACGAACUCGAGCGGGCUGUCCACCAUCAACCACGCGGGGAAGUUCUGACAAUCAUCCGACGUUGGUGAAACUUUAGCUUGGUGGCUGAGGCGCCCAUGUGGGAAAAUAGAAACAGUGCGAGACCGAUGUAGGCAUACCGCCAGCAGACGGUGCGUGCAGAACAGGACGUGCCAGCAGAGACAGAAGCAGAUCAGCCCAUCAGGGUAUAGAGUAACGCUGCCGUCUGCCGUUGAGGAGAGGAGGCAUUUCCUGCCUCCUCCUUUUUCUCCUCCUUCUCACCUGCUGGCCUGCUGGGCCACCAGGGGCCCCCCUCG